UGAGGGGCGCCUGAGGGGCGCGCGUCGCCCAGCCGGCGGCGGCCGGCCCGCGCGGGCAGACAUGGCUUCCCCGCUCCUGCCCUCGGGAGCCACCACGGGAGACAGCGGGGGCGAGCUGAGCUCCGGCGACGACCCCGCGGCUGCGGAGGCGCCCCGCGGCCUGGCCGAGCUGUUCGAGCAGGCUGCCGCGCACCUGCCAGGCCUGCUGCGGGUGGCCAGCCGGGAGCAGCUCCUGUACCUGUACGCCAGGUACAAGCAGGUCAAAGUUGGAAAUUGCAAUACUCCUAAACCAAGCUUUUUUGAUUUUGAAGGAAAGCAAAAAUGGGAAGCAUGGAAGGCUCUUGGAGAUUCAAGCCCCAGUCAAGCAAUGCAGGAAUAUAUUGCAGUAGUUAAACAGUUAGACCCAGGUUGGCAUCCUCAGAUACCAGAAAAUAAAGGAAAAGAAGCAAAUACUGGCUUUGGUGGACCAGUUGUUAGUUCUCUAUAUCAUGAAGAAACCAUCAGGGAAGAAGACAAAAACAUAUUUGAUUACUGCAGGGAAAACAACAUUGACCAUAUAACCAAAGCCAUCAAAUCGAAAAAUGUGGAUGUGAAUAUGAAAGAUGAAGAGGGCAGAGCUCUACUCCACUGGGCAUGUGACCGAGGACAUAAGGAGCUAGUCACAGUCUUCCUACAGUAUAAAGCUGACGUUAACUGUCAGGACAAUGAAGGUCAAACAGCUCUACAUUAUGCCGCCGCCUGCGAGUUUCUGGAUAUCGUGGAGCUGCUGCUCCAGGCUGGCGCUGACCCCACUCUCCGAGACCAGGACGGCUGCCUGCCGGAAGAGGUGACGGGCUGCAAAGCGGUUUCUUCGGUGCUGCAGCGGCACACAGCUGGCAAGGCCUAAUCAAAGACGGGGAGAGCACAGUCUGUAAUGGGGCGGGCUUCCGUGAUGAAUGAAAGCUGCGAGAAUACUACUUCUUUGCCACCUGUCUCUGGUGUGCGUUGGCUAAUAAAAUCAGUUCUGACGAACUGGGGUUUUUGAA